AUGUCUGCUAACGAAUUUUACUCUUCAGGCCAACAAGGCGAAUACCAACAACCGCAACAACAAGGCCAGCAACAACAGGUUGCCGGGGAAGGCGAGAGAGGCCUUCUCUCGACUGUUGUGGGUGGCGCUGCUGGAGCCUACGGAGGUUCGAAGCUGAGUGGCUCGCACUCCAAGCUGGGUGGCAUUGCCGGCGGUCUGCUCGGAGCAGUCGCUGCCAACAAGAUCGAGGACAAAGUUGAGCAGAAGUGGGAGCACCACCAGGGUGGCUAUGGUGGCCAGCACCACGGGGGCCAGGGCGGUCCAGGCGGUCCAGGUGGCCCAGGGGGGCCAGGGGGCUACGGUGAGCAGAGAGGCGGCUUUGGCGGACCCCAGGGUCCUCCACACGGAGGUCCCCAGGGCGGCUUUGGAGGACCCCAGGGUGGAUUUGGAGGGCCUCAGGGCGGCCCUCAGGGCGGAUUCGGGGGGCCUCAGGGCGGUUUCGGUGGCCCACAAGGAGGCCCACAAGGCGGCUUCGGGGGCCCGCAAGGCGGCUACGGCGGCCCAGGCCGCCAGGGCGGCUGGUAA